AUGGAGUCCAAUCUACUUGAUAGCCUCCUCGACUUGGAAGAGCAGUUCUAUAAUGAAGGCUACGAGCUGGGAGCUGCCGAUGGAGCCAAGGCGGGAUACACCGAGGGCAGUGUCUUCGGCGUGGAGAAAGGCUUCGAGAAAUUCGUCGAAAUGGGCAGGCUAUAUGGAAAAGCUUUAGUCUGGGCUCAACGCCUCGCGGAUUCAAAUUCACCGAAAACGUCCAAACAAGCAUUGAGUCACUCGGAGACCACUGACAGCCUCUCUCUCGAGCCGUCAAUCAGCAAUGAUAUGCCAAGUCUUCCAUCACAUAGUGCGCGCCUGAUCAGAAACCUCGAAACUCUGUUGGAGCUAGUUGACCCGGCUUCUCUGGAUAUGACCAAUACUGAGGAAGCCGUGAACGACAUGGAUGAGCGCUUGAAGGGAGCUGCUGUCAAGGCUAAGCUUAUCCAGAGAGCUAUGGGCGAGAGUGAAGAGCCUCUUGGUACUUCGUCAAUGGCCAAAGAUGGCCAGAAACCGGGUGAUGGAACGGGCAGCAUUGAAGAUAUCAGCUCGUUGAAUAUUCGUCACUGA